GACGUAACUGCGCAAAACUUAGAUGCUAGUUACACUCCCGCCCGCUAGAUGGUAGCAAAUGACUCCGAAGCAGAAGACGGUAGCACCUUCAACAGCGCUUCUCGGUAGCUUACAGCAUUUCCGCGGCUCCUCUGCGACGUCUUAAGCAGGUACGCUGGAAUUUUCGGACAGCCACUCGGACAUGUCCUAUGUCUUCAUCAACGACUCGUCGCAGACCAACGUGCCUCUGCUGCAGUCCUGCAUCGACGGCGCCUUGGCCUUCGCCAAGAGGCUCCUGGAGACCGGCUGCGACCCCAACAUCCGCGACAACCGGGGUCGCACCGGCUUGCACUUAGCCGCGGCGCGGGGCAACGUGGACAUAUGUCGCCUGCUGCACAAGUUUGGCGCCGAUUUGUUGGCGACCGACUACCAGGGGAAUACGGCGCUGCACCUGUGCGGGCACGUCGAUACCAUUCAGUUCCUGGUGUCCAAUGGGCUGAAGAUUGAUAUUUGCAAUCACAACGGCUCCACGCCGCUGGUGCUGGCCAAGAGACGCGGCGUCAACAAGGACGCCAUCCGUCUGCUGGAGGGACUGGAGGAGCAGGAGGUGAAAGGUUUUAACCGAGGAGCUCACUCCAAACUGGAAAGCAUGCAGAUGGCCGACAGCGAGAGCGCCAUGGAGAGCCACUCGCUGCUCAACCCCAGCCUGCAACGCAGCGAGGGCGUGCUGUCCAGCUUCCGCACCACCUGGCAGGAGUUUGUGGAGGACCUGGGCUUCUGGAGGGUCCUGCUGCUGUUGCUGGUCAUCGCCCUGCUCUCCCUCGGCAUCGCCUACUACGUCAGCGGCGUGCUGCCCUUCUCUGCCGGCCAGCUGGAGCUCGUGCACUGAGCGGCUUGGGUUUUUUUUCUCUUAUCAAAACGGCAAGAGGUAAAGUUGUGAAAAGCGAACCGCACUUCAUCGAAAAAUUGGAUGACGCAGCGUUACUGACCUCUGCGCCGGUCAAAUCAAAGUCUUUGUCGUCUUUCACUAAGCAGGGGUCUCAAACUCCAGUCCUCGGGGGGCGCAUUCCUACAUGGUUUCCAAGUUUCCCUCGUUAAACACACCUGAUUCAAUGAUCAGGCUCCUGCAGAACGUGAGGAUGAACUGAUCAUUUGAGUCAGGUGUGUUUAACGAGGGAAACUUGGAAGACGCGUAGGAAUGCAGACUGGACUUUGACACCCCUGCACUAAAGGUAGCCGCGGCUGCUUUGAAGAAAUGAUGCGCUCGUCCCAAGCGGCACGUUGCUUGUGUUAUGUACUUUGAUUUGAUUUUUUUGUAGCUCCCUCCCCACUGUAUUAAUUCAUGAGUGUCAUUCAAGCCAGCAAAGUUGAUGACUUUGUGUGUCUCGGUGACAGAGAAACCUUGCCUGUGUUCUUGGAGAUGACCAAACACACACACACACACACACACACACACACACCAGGAUGCAACUUGUUCUUCGGUCCCGCUCGCUGGCUCGCUGUGUUUUUAAUCUUGCAGUAUUUAAAACAACGUCAAUGUUCGUGAACUUGCCUCGUGAACAAUUGGCAAAUAUAAAUAUAAAAGGGCAAUUUGGACGCACUGAGUGAUUGGUAACAGUCGGAUAUUUGUCUUUUGCGUAUGACAUUGGAUUAAUACAUUUAUACAUACAUAUGCUACGUUUUAAAAUCAUCUCUGUUCACACACACACGCAGACCAAAUGGCAAGUUUUUGUGAUGGAGAGGCAGAUUUUGGGAGCAGGCAGCUCAGCGGCUUUGGACGUAUGCUCUCCGUGGCGUCCUUUUUGUUCACUUGUGAGAAACACAUAGUUGAUCAUCGGUGAUAUGUUUUGACAAUUUUCUCUUUUCUCUUCUGACCCAAUUUAUUUGUCGUGACAUGCUUUGUAUCGCUCUCAACUGUAUUCUUCAUAUGGAUGGUCUGAUAUGAAUUGGUAAAAUCACACAUUGUCCUCCAACAGCUACUUGUGUUCUGUUAAAAGUAAAUAAACGCAGAUUGCAGAAACCUC